CCGGCGAGGGGCGCCGCUGGGCCGCCUCCCGCCGCGCCGGGGCGGCGGAUGGCGCUGCGCAGCUAGUCGGUGCAUUGCGGCGGGCGGGCGGGCGGACCGCCCGACCGACCGACCGCCGUGCCGCUCCGCGCCGCGCCUCUCCCGCGGCCAUUCCACACGGCGGCACCGCGCCUCGCACAGGAGCAGCCGGCGGGAGCCGCGCCGCCGCAGCCCCGCCAUGGCCAAGGAGGGAGCGCAGCGAGCGGAGGAGACGGAGCAGAUGAUCGAGAAGGAGGGCGGCAAGGAAGCCGCCGAGGGCAGCGCCGCCGGCAGCCUGCGGGCUGGGGACACGAAGGAGAUGAGAGCCGUGGUGCUGUCCGCCUUCGGGGGGCUCAACAAGCUCCGCGUGUCCAAGAAAGCCAUGCCGGAGCCGCAGGAGGGGGAGCUGAAGAUCCGCGUCAAAGCCUGUGGUUUGAACUUUAUUGAUUUGAUGGUGCGACAGGGGAAUAUCGACAACCCUCCUAAGACGCCACUUGUCCCUGGGUUUGAAUGCUCUGGAAUUGUAGAAGCUCUUGGAGAUAGCGUGAAAGGAUUUGAGAUUGGAGACAGAGUCAUGGCUUUUGUAAACUACAAUGCAUGGGCUGAAGUAGUAUGUACCCCAGUAGAAUUUGUCUACAAGAUUCCAGAUGACAUGAGUUUUUCUGAAGCUGCUGCGUUUCCCAUGAACUUUGUAACUGCCUACAUGAUGCUCUUUGAAGUUGCUAACCUAAGAGAAGGCAUGUCUGUGCUGGUUCACUCGGCAGGAGGUGGGGUGGGUCAAGCUGUUGCUCAGCUCUGUUCAACUAUUCCCAAUGUUACUGUUUUUGGAACAGCUUCAUCUUUCAAACAUGAAGCAAUCAAAGACUCAGUAACUCACCUGUUUGACAGAAAUGCAGACUAUGUUCAAGAAGUAAAAAGAAUCUCGACAGAUGGAGUAGAUAUUGUUUUGGACUGUCUUUGUGGAGAAAAUACUGGGAAAGGCCUCAGUCUUCUCAAACCACUUGGGACUUACAUUUUAUAUGGUUCAUCUAACAUGGUUACUGGAGAGACAAAAAGCUUCUUCAGUUUUGCAAAAUCAUGGUGGCAGGUUGAGAAAGUAAAUCCUAUCAAGCUGUAUGAGGAAAACAAAGUCAUUGCUGGAUUUUCCCUGUUGAACCUACUUUUCAAACAGAAUCGAGGUGGCCUGAUCAAGGGUGUGAUGGACAAACUCCUAAAUCUAUACAGCAGUAAGAAGAUCAAGCCUGUGGUUGAUUCAUUAUGGGCUUUGGAAGAGGUGAAGGAGGCCAUGCAGAGAAUCCAUGACCGAGGAAAUAUAGGAAAACUAAUUCUGGAUGUGGAGAAAGCACCCACUCCCCUGAUGGCCAACGACAGCACAGAGACAAGUGAAGCUGGAGAAGAGGAAGAAGACCAUGAAGGGGACAACGAGAAUAAAGAGCGCAUGCCAUUCAUCCAGUAACAGCCAGAGGUGGUGGAUGCAGAAAGAUUGAUGAAGUAGAAGGGAACAAGACUGGGAAAUCUAUUCUGUGCAUCAGUGAACAAAUGCUGUAGUACAGUGUGUGUUGUAUUUGUCUGCAGUCAGCUGAGCUAUGAGCUGUUGAUCAUUGUUGUUUUGAACUCAAGUGCCAUUCUCAUCCAGUGCAGUAUUAUGACAUUCCUGUGUAAUACCCGGUUUCCCUGUAGGAGUCCCAUGGAUUUUUCUGUUCCAGUUUAAAAGCCUUAUUAACUUACUGUGUAAUUUUAGAUGGGCAUCUUUCUCAUGCAAAUUCCAACAUUUUGCAUAAAGUUAUUUGGGGGUUUGGGCUUUUUUUGCAAGUUGGAAACAGUAACAAAAAAAAUUUCCCCACUUGCUGUCUGGAAGAUUCUAGUAACUGGAGGGAGGAUUUUAAGUUUGUGGAUUUUCAGUGUUAAAAUAGUUUCCCUUUUAUGAACCACAGAUAAAAGUUGCAAAAAAGAUAAGUUUUCCUUUUCCUCAGUCACGCUUUAUCAUUUUAUAAGCAAUCCUAUCUUCAUGUUCAAAAAUACCUCAUUUAGAAUUGUGGAAUCUGAAAUUGUGCAAGAAAUCAUUAAUUGAGAGACUUCGAUUCGUAUUGUAUAAUCACAUUAGUCAUCAACACCAGUAAUUAAACACUUCAUUCAGAGUGCCAACUAUCAUGCUUUCCUGUUGAUCUGAGCUAUUACCCCAUACGUUACAGGCAAAGAAAAAGGUCAGUGAGCCACUCUUUUUAGACCCAGAACUUUAAUUGCCUGUAGCAAUUAGCAUCGUUAUUGACAGAUCAACAUCUUCUGCUAAGGACAUACUGACUCAUCUGUGUCCGAAAUCCAAACCAAUUUUAAAUUUCAUUUUUAAAUUGUAUUGGUAAGGAUCACUCAUGAGUAUGUGGAAAGAAAUUUGUUGACGGAGUUUACUGCUCUGAAAUCGCUAAUGUGUUGGUCAACUAUCAAGCUGGAGCUGAACUCCUACAGAAGUUAACCCUGCUAAAAAUGAGUUUUAGGCCUUAAUUCCAUCAGAAAUUAUGCACAGGGAUAACUUUAUCUAGGUGAGUAGUUCUGUCAAAAGCUCUGCUCCAUAUGUACAGUUAUGUUUGUAAUUAUUUGCAGGAUCAAGUAUUCAAAGACCAGCUAGUCUUAUCUACCUCCCACUCGUGGAAACUAUAAGUAAACAUGACAAAAGUAAAUAUUUUUUUUCCAUGUCUUUCACCUAUCCAAGCAGCAGCUACUCAGGUCCUCAAUUGUCUUGUUAAAACAAUUAUUUUAAAAUUACUGCAAUCACCUACAGUAGAGAUGCUAAAGGAAUGUCAGAGACCUUGCGUAAUGCCAUAUAUCUUUGAAUUAAUAUAUUUUUUUCAAAAGAAAGUAUUUCUCCAGGCAUGGCUAGUUGUUCACCUAAAUCUGCAAGUAUCCUGUAGUGAUAGAAGUUAAAAAUUAAUACAGAAGAGUGGAGAGGGAGGACUUCUCAGGUUCUUCUCAAUGUGAAAGGACUUGUGGGUCUGGAUGACUUUUAUGUGUGGUUUUAGAAGAUUCUCUCUUGUUUUUUCUGUUUGUUUCAUCUUGCUGCCUGAGUAUUAAUGUCCAUCUCUUUACACUGUACUCAUGAAGUUGCUGUUCUAAUACCAGAUAAUUGUGCAGAAUGUUCAUUCUGAAGGAGUUUCCCUUGGGUUAGACAAAUUCAAAAAUAAUGAGAAGAAAUAACUGGAGAAAAAUGCCAAAAAAGCUUUUGAAAUAUUAAUUGAACCAGAACUUUAGUUUUCUCUAUAAGUUGAUAUAGAACUUCACUAUAGCUGAUUUUCUUUUCAGGCUGGACUUGCCUACACUUCCAGUGCCAUAUCAGGCCCAAGCAGGGACUUUAUCCACAGAAAAAAUACAUGUUCAGUGAAAGUUUUCCAUUUAUUGGGCUUGCCAAUUGGGCUUUUAAUAAAGGCCAUUAAGUUUUCACGACUCAUAAGCUGACAAUGGUAGGAAACAUGCCCAAUUUUGUUUUGCAGUUAGUGUAAUGAUGUUGUCCUGCAACAAACCUUAACAUAACUAGGAAUUUUGAUUUGACGCCAAAGUGAGCAAUAUUGCUGGUGACCUUCGAGCUGGCAGUAAAGUGGCAUUCUCAAGGCCUUAAAUUAGUAGGGCAAGCAGAAUAGCAAAUCCGUUCUUCUGUUAUAAACCGCAGUAUGGUUGGCUCUACAGUUAAAUUACCCUUCAAGACAAAUAAAGAUGGGUGAUCUUGGUCAUGGCCACAGACGCCAUAGGGACAACAAUCAAAUGAGAUAAUUUUGGCUAGUUCUUUCUGGUUUUGUUAGCAAGGCAAAAAUACUCUUCAUGCUAAUUCAUGCCAAUUUUAGGGCCAUUUUCUGAUCAGCAGAAUAUCAGGUAAUUGCAGUGAGUACAAAGGAAUACUUCUGGAUCUACCCAAGUACAACAUAGAUGAGCAUUACUAUCAGCAAGCUAAACUCUGCUCUGUGUUUUACUGGUAUUAAUAUGGUAUAUAUGAAGGUUACUACUGAGGUUAAUGGAAAUUUUUCAGGUAUCUGUUCUGGAAGCAGGAUUUGUGCUAGCAGAAUUUGGCCCACAAGCCCAAAGUACCUUUUAGAAUACCACAAACAGUAGUAUCGCGUCUGAAAUGGUAGAGGUCAAGCUAUACAAAAUGAUGAUGCAGAGACUUGUUACUGACCAAGUCUUACUGUAGUAGCAAUGAAGGUUUGUGCUUACUACUGACAGUGUUGUUUAAACAACUCUAAGAUAAUUGGACAGUUUCUUCAAGUGAAACAAAUUAUUUCUCAAUUUGCCUUAAAGGAACUGUGAAAGCUUCUCUUUAACUUAAGCCUGAUUGAAGUGAACUGAAACACUGUUUAAUUGUAUUUGUUGCUUUAGAGCUUUUGUUAUAUUGUGCCUACAAAGCAAAUUAUGUUUACAUAAAAAUAUAAAUAAAAUAUUGAGCAUAGCAUUA